AGGGUUACAGAUUGUGUCUUUAAAGAAGUGAUUGAACUCUUAAAAGUGUUUCUCUGUUUUCAGGUGAUCCAACCAGAACCCAGAACGAAGAGGCUUUUCUGAUUAGGAUGGCGAUGAAGAACGUCACUUCUCACAAACACUUCAUCCUCGACGGCUUCGGUGAGCUGGGAGUGUUGCGGCCCGUCCUCUUCCUCCCUUUCUCCGUCAUGUUCGUGGUGUCGCUGUCGGCCAAUUCCCUGCUGCUGUACGUGGUCGUUUCACGGAGAAGCCUCCACUCGCCGAUGUGCGUCCUCAUCGCCGGCAUGGCCCUCGUGGACCUGAGCCUCCCGGUGUUCUUCGUCCCCCACAUGCUGCUGAGCUUCCUGUUCGACUGGAGGGGAAUCUCUCUGACCGGCUGUCUGGUUCAGAUGUACCUCAUUCACUUCGUCGCAGCGUUUCAGUCCACAUUGCUGGUGUGGAUGGCGCUGGACCGCUACUUCGCCAUCUGCAUGCCCCUCACCUACCACGAACAAAUGGCUUUGCCAAAAUUUCUCAGGUUCAUCGUCCCACUCGUGGUUAGAAACAUCCUCAUGAUCUCCCUGUUUGUGAGUCUGGCAGGAACGUUGUCGUUCUGUGCUUCCAAUGUGGUGAACCACUGUUUCUGCGAGCACAUGGCGUUAGUGCAACUGGCCUGUGGAAGCACCGCCAUCAACAACCUGGUCGGGUUAAUGACUAUAUUCCUCAACCCCGUGGCCGACUUCAUCUUCAUCGCUGCUUCCUACGUCGUCAUAUUCAGCUCGGUGCUGAAGUCCGGCAAUUCGGGCGCCAAAGCUCUCCACACCUGCGUCACCCACAUCCUGGUCAUCACGGCCAGUCUGACCAUCUCACUCGUUGCUUUCCUGUCGUAUCGGAUCACAAACGGUCUUCCUGCCGCCGUUCGGGUUUUCUUCAGCACCAUGUACCUGCUGUUCCCGAGCUGUUUCAACCCAAUCAUCUACGGCAUGAGAACGGCAGGGAUUAAAAAGCACAUCCUGAGAACACUGACGUGCUGAACUGGGCACCGUUUUUUAAGAUGUUUCCAUCAUGUGGAAGCCCACUUCGCUGGUGUGUCAGAGGUGUUUCCAGUAUUUAGCCCCUAUAGAACACGUACAGAUAAUGGUGGAGUAAAGUCACAUGGUCUGGUGAUAAGCCAGUGGACAGAAGGCCUCUUGUUCUGGGUCUACAAACACAGCAUCACUGGCUGAAGGUGUGUUUGUACCCACAUUAAUUGAUUUCAAUUAAAUUUAUCUGUAUAGCACAAAAUCACAAAUUGCCUCAGAGGGCUUUACAAUCUGUACAGUAUAAAACAUCCUCACAUUGGAAUAGAAAAACUCUCCCAAUAAACUUUAACAGGUAAAAAAAGGAAGAAACCUCAGAGAUCAACAUAUGGACAGAAGUGUGAUAGACGUCAUGUGCACAGAAUGAACAA